CUCAGUAGUACUACACUGUGUGACACUGCAUAGUGAUCAUUCGAUAUAAUUGAUAUCCUAUGGAGCCUGAUGCAGUCGGUCUGCGUUGCGACCUAACGUCCUGCAAUGAGGUCGAUUUCCUACCAAUCAAAUGUCACUGUAACAAGGUGUUUUGUAGGUAUCACAUCCCCCUUGAUAAGCACACUUGUGCGUCACUAGAUGCCAGUGGGCCUUCCGAGGAACGCGCUCCCAUCGUGAAACACCGGAGAUGUGCUCUUGGAGAUUGCAAGAAACCGAGCCUUGAAAGUGUUAUCAGUCAAGAGGUCAAUCUCGAAACGAAACCAACUUCAUCUGCGGCAUGCACGAAAUGCCUUCUGUCAUUUUGUAUCGAUCAUCGCCAUCCAGAUUUGCAUUCAUGUACAGGUCUGCAGAAGCAGGAGUCCGAUGAAAAGAAGGAUGCUCAAGAUAUCCUCGCCCGCCAUUUUUCCAACCCACCUUCACAUACUCCCAUGGCUGUCCGACGCACAGUCAAGCCUCCCACAGACCCCAAGAAAUUAGCCCAGAUACAGAAAGUUACACUCAUGAAGAUGCGUCAUAGUGCUUCUGCGGGGGACCCUAGGGACAAAUCAUCCACCGUACCUGUCAAUGAACGCUUGCACAUCAAAGCUCGAUUGGAGGUGACUGGAAGGCCCGUGCAAGAACGCGUACUUUGGUUCAGAAAGUCUGUGGUCACUGCAGGCAGGGCAUUGGACCUGAUUUCGGCGAAUCUUGGAGUUCCUCCCUCGUAUCAAACACCACUGUGCCUCAUAAAGACAUCAGGCUCAGAUCCUUUAAGUUGCUCACCCCUCCAGAAUGAUCUGUUGUUGUCUGAGCAAGUGGAGGACACAUGCACAGUCGUGUUGUCGGCUCUUCCUCAUAGUCGAAGUGAUUGAUCAAUGUCUGUCAUAAUACUUUCACCCCAAUUUGAAGGUCACGCCAGAUUUAUUCAUGGACCACAAGCCUAUUGAAUCGUAAUGGCGUUGGCGGCACCCGACUUACUUAUUCCUGGCAUAUUUUGUGUCCAUCGAUGUAACUUAGUCAGUCAA